CAGAGGAUGCAGAGACAAAAGGACAGAAGGCGUCGAGGAGGCUUCUCGGAUGCUCGUUUGCCGAACACAACAUUCUCUUCUCGACAUCGACUCGCCUGUCUUAAUUGUGUUUAUUCAUUUAUUUUUUAAUAUGCGUCAUAACGUGUUUGUCAGCUGCCUGGGCGCACAGGGCGGCUCGUCCUCAUCAUGAAGAUCAAACACACCGUAACAUCGUGUUAGUUGCUGCUUGGCCCGCCUUGGCACCUGUUCCUCGGUUUGUCCUCUCGCUCCAUCCUCUGACAGAGCCAUGAGUUCAUCUCCGCUGACGUCGCAAGCCCACAUGGACAUUCUGGACGAGCUCCAGCUGAUCACAGCCCAGAACCUGGAGAAGGUGGAGAUCAAUAAGUACUACGAAGUGAUUAGGGAGUUGGGCAAGGGCACCUAUGGCAAGGUGGACCUGGUCAUCCACAAGAUCAGAGGUACAAAAAUGGCACUGAAGUUCUUGAAGAAGAAGACGACCAAGCUGAAGUCGUUUCUGCGGGAGUACAGCAUCUCCCUCUACCUGUCUCCCUGCCCUUUUAUCAUCAACAUGUUUGGCAUCGCCUUCGAGACGGACGAAUACUACGUGUUCGCUCAGGAAUACGCGCUAGCAGGGGAUCUCUUCGACAUCAUUCCUCCACAGGUUGGUCUUCCUGAAACAGUGGCUAAGCGCUGUGUGCACCAAGUGGCCAUUGCGCUGGACUACCUGCACUGUAAGAAGCUGGUCCACAGGGACAUCAAACCAGAAAACAUUCUCAUUUUUGACCGGGAGUGCCGCAAGGUCAAGCUGUCGGACUUUGGCAUGACCCGCCGGGCCGGCUCCCCUGUGAAACGAGUGAGCGGCACAAUCCCGUACACGGCUCCCGAGCUGUGCGACGUGUCUCGCCACGAGGGCUUCUGCGUGGACUACAGCACCGACGUGUGGGCCUUUGGCGUGCUUCUCUUCUGCAUGCUGACUGGUAACUUCCCGUGGGAGAAGGCGCUGGCCUCCGACUCCUUCUACCAGGAGUUCAUCCGCUGGCAGAAGAGAAGGACGAACACGGUGCCUUCCCAGUGGAGACGUUUCACCGAGCAGGCCCUCCGCAUGUUCCGCCGCCUGCUCUCGGUGGAGCAGGACCGCCGUUGCUCCGUCAAGGAGGUGUUCGGAUACUUCAGCCACUCGUGGAUGCUGGACGGGGAGAACAACAACAACAACUGUGCAGGCGGCGCCGGGGAAAGGGUCGUCGGAGGCAGUAAUGCACGAGGGGAGGUGAACGACAUUAUUUCCUCGUCUUCGUCUGGGGAGGAAGACGAGGAGCUCCUGGUGGAGCGGAUGAAGCAUCAGACUCUGUCUCCUCUUUCCCCACUGUCUCUCGUGUCCCCAGUGGCUGUGGAGCGGGGGAGUGGGGGCGGGCCUAAGGGUGGCAUGAUGGAACUCGGCGGCGGCCACCAUUUCGUGUCGGUGUCCACCAACAGCUCGGUGUCGUCCACCAACAGCUACGAGCGGAUGCCGCGGGAAAACAGCUCGCCGGGAGGCCGCAUGCUGGUGGCCACGCCCAUCGAGAUUUGCGUCUGAGCACCUUGUCGACAUUUUCUACGUUAAUCUUGUCUCACCGGUGUGCUCUUCUUCUUCUUCUUCUUCUACCGCCCAUCCGACCACCACCAGAUGUGCAUGCACGGAGAAAGACAGUGUACACCCACAGGACGGGGGAUACAUCUUGGGAGAAAGUUCAAUAAGAGAAGACCAAAAUGUUGUUCCUAAAGCAAUACUUCGAAAAUGCAAAAAAGAAAAAAAGGGAUGGAGCAUGACAUCUUUUGGGAGUUGAACUGGCAAACCCCCCUGCGUUGUACUUUGUUGACAAUUUGAAGGAUGGAGCAGUGCUGUGGAAGAUGUCUCACUCUGUUUCAUAUUCCAUGGUUUAUUUUUUAUUGAAGUUGUGACACCUGCUCUUUUACGUAACACAUUCAGGACGAUGAUUUCUCAGUCACAAUAUUUCAACCUGCUGUAAUCGUGUGACCUCCCGUCAUCCUUAAAAGGUGUUUAACAUGUCCACGCCACACUCUUUUAUACUCGUUGGCCAAAAAAACACGACAGACAGCAUCAUUUGUAUUCAGAAUUCAACCUUGCACCCCUGUCGCCUCCCCCCGAAAAAAAACAUGCAUGAGUAGUUCAAACAGCUGUACACACUAAAAAAAUGUCCAAUGUCGUGAUGUGGAAUCUUUUUGACGUAGCACAAGUACUCGCGUUAUAUCCAAGAGGGCCGUUCACAAUAAUCUCUUGAGGUGUUUUAGGGCUAAAAAAAAAAAAAGUUUCCAUCCAGUGCGUUUUAGUGUAUUUGUAUUAAUGUUGUGUAUUCAUGUCACCGCCUUCAGGAAGUGGAAGGAAAAAAAGCAAUGCAUGACUUGAUAAGAGCUCACAAGGUAGGGAAUUUAAGGACUGUAGGAGCAAGAAAGUCUCUGAUUCAAAGAAAAAAAUUUAACUAUUAGAAUGAGCCCUUUGUGUCCACACAUAAGUCUGCAUGAAUCUUUGUGUGCUAACGCUCAAGAUAAUCGAGAAGAGCAGCUCCGUGAACACAAACACGUCAUUACGUAUCUCGCGAGGCUCCGGCCUCCUCAUGAGCACGCUUGAAUCCAACCAUUGUUAACAGCUGCUCUCAAAUCAGUCAGUAUGCAAAACGACUCCAUCUUGUGACAAUCUCUGACCUCAUCGGACUGGGAACAAAAGGACACGGGUCGUGACGCCGACACUGAAGUCGCACUGUUCUCCUCGGGACGCUUGUUGUUGCUUUUUACUGCUCACGUGAUCACCGUGAAGAAGAGUAUUACCUCAUCGUCCUGGUCCUCCAACUACCAGCAUCAUGCACAACAACAGCUGUCACCUCAUCUUUGUGUUCCAGAAGGAGUCCUCCAUCUAAAAUAAACAAUUUUAAUUCAAUUAGUGCUUUCUUUUCAAGUGUAAACAAGGAUGAUACUGACCAAGUCUUGUACAAAGUACACAAAGUCAUCAGUGAUGCCAGAUAGUUAAUAAUAAUUUCACCCUUUGUAUGAUCGAUAAUUCCAUACUGGACAAUAAUUUCACCAUUUAAAUUGAUUGUGACAUAAAAUGCACUCAGUGUAGAAGAUAAAAAUAUGUGUAUUUACAAAACCCAAGACCAGUGAAGUUGGCAUGUUGUGUAAAUCGUAAAUUAGCUCAUUUGGAACUUGAGGCCUGCAACAUGUUUCAAAAAAGCUGGCACAAGUGGCAAAAAGACUGAGAAAGUUAAGGAAUGCUCAUCAAACACUUUAUUUGGAACAUCCCACAGGUGCUUCCAUGAAAUGCUCAGUCACUCACAAACAAGGAUGGGGUGAGGGUCACAAAUGCGUGAGCAAAUUGUCGAACAGUUUAAGAACAACAUUCGUCACUGAGCUAUUGCAAGGAAUUUAGGGAUUUCACCAUCUACGGUCCGUAAUAUCAUCAAAAGGUUCAGAGAAUCUGGAGAAAUCACUGCACGUAAGCGGCAAGACUGAAAACCAACAUUGAAUGCCCGUGACCUUCGAUCCCUCAGGCUGUACUGCAUCAAAAAGCAACAUCAGUGUGUAAAGGAUAUCACCACAUGGGCUCAGGAACACUUCAGAAAUCUACUGUUAGUAACUACAGUUCACCGCUACAUCUGUAAGUGCAACUCAAAACUCUACUAUACAAAGCCAAAGCCAUUUAUCAACAACACCAAGAAACGCCGCCGGCUUCGCUGGGCCCGAGCUCAUCUAAGAUGGACUGAUGCAAAGUGGAAAAUUGUUCUGUGGUCUGACGAGUCCACAUUUCAAAUUGUUUUUUGGAAACUGUGGACGCUGUGUCCUCCGGAUCAAAGAGGAAAAGAACCAUCCGGACUGUUAGGUGCAAAGUUGAAAAGCCAGCAUCUGUGAUGGUAUGGGGGUGUAUUAGUGCCCAAGACAUGGGUAACUUACACAUCUGUGAAGGCGCCAUUAAUGCUGAAAGGUACAUACAGGUUUUGGAGCAACAUAUGUUGCCAUCCAAGCAACGUCUUUUUCAUGGACGUCCCUGCUUAUUUCAACAAGACAAUGCCAAGCCACAUUCUGCAUGUGUUACAGCAGCAUGGCCUCAUAGUAAAAGAGUGCGGGUACUAGACUGGCCUGCCUGUAGUCCAGACAUGUCUCCCAUUGAAAAUGUGUGGCGCAUUAUGAAGCGUAAAAUACCACAACAGAGACCCCCGGACUGUUGAACAACUUAAGCUGUACAUCAAGCAAGAAUGGGAAAGAAUUCCACCUGAAAAGCUUCAAAAAUUGGUGUCCUCAGUUCCCAAACGUUUACUGAGUGUUGUUAAAAGGAAAGGCCAUGUAACACAGUGGUAAAAAUGCCCGUGUGCCAACUUUUUUGCAAUGUGUUGCUGCCAUUAAAGUAUAAGUUAAUGAUUAUUUGCAAAAAAAAAAUUAAGUUUCUCAGUUCGAACAUUAAAUAUUUCGUCUUUGCAGUCUAUUCAAUUGAAUAUAAGUUGAAAAGGAUUUGCAAAUCAUUGUAUUUUGUUUUUAUUUACGAUUUACACAAUGUGACAACUUCACUGGUCUUGGGUUUUGUAUGUUGCCUUACUAUAUACAAACUCUACCUGCAACAUAAAGUACUUCAUGUCGUUUUCUUGACCUAAUUGCUACCAGCCUCUUCCAGCACAACAAGCAACAUGUUGGGAAGCACUGUCACUUCCUGUUUCCAUUGAUGUCCCGCACAAAAGAACCAGUCACACAAUUUGUUGCCUUCUUCCUCCUCGGAUCGAAUGUGGCGGGGCAUCGGUACACUCAUAGCGACUUUUGGCAGUUGAAACAAAAACAAACGAAUAGCGACGGUGCUCAUUGGAAAGGUAGGAAAUUAUAUUAAAGUAAAAAUCAUCCCUAACAAAUAAUAGAGUACAAGCAGUUAUAAAGUAUUACUAUGCAGCAACAAUACCAAUAACAAACUUCCACCGAGGCAUAACAAUCCUCACUGGAGUCAGCACCAAAUUGUUUACCAAUAGAUCAGGGAUAUUCAACUAAAUAGUUUUGGGGGCCACAUUUGCAGAAAGUUAGGGACUGUGACUAUUAGUCUUGUUUUGCAUAUUCCAGGCUGGAGAACCAGCGUCCUCUACAGUAGACAUUUGUUUUUGGUAUAUUUAUUUUUCUCAGAGUUGCAGUUUUUAAGAACCUUCUGCAAAAAAGCUAAUCAAAGAUCAUCUCUAUGACAACACUCUAGUGUUUUUAAGAAGCCGCUGCAAAAAUGUGAGUCUCUCACAAGUUUUUGAACUGAACCUUGAGGAACACCACUGGUAUCAUAAAGAAGUUGAACAAACGACUACUGACUGCAUCUGACGUAAACAAGCUACAGCAACACCUUAGUCACAUAAAUCACGUUACGGAAAAAGUGUGUAACUGCCAAAAAGUAGAGAACUUAAAGGGGUGCUUUGAGGAACGCCUCAGUUAUGUAAAUUAUUAGUGUGGACCCCGGUGUUCCAUGUUUGCUAGCAAGGUUUGCCCAGCAGGCACAAGACAUUAAAACAACGUUGAGAACUUGUUGAAUUAGGUCCUGACGUUGAAACAACAUGCUUUUUGACGACGUUUAAUCAAUGUCGGGUUCUGACGUUGAUUUGACCAUUGAAAUUUGGUCAUUUCCCAACCAAAGUUUGACAACACAACUCCAACGUUGAAACAAGGUACUUUUUGACAAUGUUUAUUCAAUGUCAGGUUGCGACAUUGAUUUGACUGUUGAAAUUUGAUCAUUUUCCAACCAGCAACGUGGAUCCAACGUUAAGACAUCAAUGUUGUCUCAAUUUACAAAUACCACUAUUUUGCAACGUUGUUUCAAAGUCAGUUUUAAAGGACAUGUAUGUAGAAUCAAGGUUGUAUCAAUGUCUUGUGUGUGCUGGGUGAUGUCAAUGCAAGGAUGUGCCAAAGUGUGACAGUGGUCAAAGUUCCUCUACACAACAGGAACACUCUGGUGUUUUUAGGAAUUUGCUGCAAAAACGUUUGUCUCCCAAAUUUUAACUGAACUCAGGGGCCAGUCUGGUGUCUUUCCCGAGCCAGAUUUGGCCCCCAGGCUAGCGGUUGAAUAGCCUGCAUAUACUUGAAUGUAAGUUUCCUGCAAAAUACUGUAGGAGGAGACCUAGAGAAGUUUUUUAAACCAAAAACGUACACGGCAAACAAUGGAAUCAAAGUAUCAUUUAGAAACAGAUUUUUUAUUUUUUUUGAUCAAAUAUUUUUUCUCACCCUUCUUUGAACUCUUUAUUUAACUGAAUGAUUACGUACUGAAGUGGAGUGAAUUGUUCUAAUCAAUGUUAAUUGAUGACUGAUGUAUUGUUAAUGUGAUUUAUUAGCUAUUUAUUUGGAGUGUGUCCUUGACGGAGGUAAUGAGAUUAGUUUCACAGACUUCCACCCAACAAUUCUUAAACUAUCCUGCUCAACUUCUCAGAUAUGAAUUGAACAGACUAAUUAAUCUGUACGUAAAUUACAAAACAUAAAAAGACACAGAAUUACAUCAUAAGGAUUCUGCACCUUUAUCCAGAUCCAGACAUAAGUGAGUUGCAGUUUAUUGCCUAGUUUUACUCCCCACACUUUGUCUUAUUGUUGUGGAUACUGACAAAAUUGUACGCUAGUGUAGCAACAGUAUAUAUACUGUAUGUUAUUUCUUAUGUUUUUACUUCAAGACCAUCUUUGGAAGCAUUUAUUGCUGAACUGAACAAUAAUAGAUCCCUUCUUUAUUCUCGACUUGUAUUUGCCAACAUCCUAACAUCUUCUCAUCAUCAUUCUCAUGCUUGUUGUAGUAGAGUUUGGGUGUCUUUCUGUCCCGUGACACAUUUCCCAGUAUCAUCGUUGUUGUGUAGUUUUAGUGACUAGUUGGCCACAAGCAUUCAAACUUGGUUUUGUCUUCGAAAUAAAACUGUCUUACUGUAAACCCCACAUUUAGUCAAUAAAAUGAGAAUUCUUGUUGAUAA